CUCUCUCCUUGCCCUCUUUCACCAAACUCAAACCCCAGCUGAACAGUCCAACCUGUCUUGUAACCCUACACCGACACACAAACUUGUAAUAACUCAGAAAAAGGGAAAUUCCUUUUAUAAAGACAAAGCAUUGAGCAAUAUGAACAACUGUUAACAUUGUUGCUUUGGAUUUUUUCUCUCUCUCUUCAACAAAACCACAAGUUACUAAAAUGGGGAAGUUGAAAAAACAAGGGUCUUGGAACAUUUUUGCUUUGUCUUCUGUGUUUUUUCUUGGUUUCGAGGAGUAGCGUACUCGAACUCAAAAGCCAUGUAUGCAAAGGCUUACGUCCCUCUUUUCACAACAAAAGCUAACCCACGUAAGCGCGAGCUUUCCAGUUCAUCGUCCGCGUCGACAGGUUCUCUCCCUAUCCGAGCUCCUCCUACAAUUGAUUCUGAUUCUGAAUCUAUUGGUGACAAAACUUCCAGUACCACUAGUAGUGGUGAUGGUGAUUACAACGGGUGUGAGUCGGAUGAAGCCUUUCUGAUUGGGGAGGAGUUCGAGAUGGCGUCGGAGAGGCCAUGGGUGGCGGACCCAGAUGAGGAAGCCAUAGACAGUGAAAGUUUCGAACUUUCCAGACCUUUUGUGGCAGACCCAGAUAGGAAAAGCUUGGGGAAUUCUAUUGAGAAUGAGGACGAGAACGGUGAUGUUGUGCGUGAAUAUGGCCCUGUUGUUGAACCAAUUUUGGUGGAUAAUCUGAACUUGAACCGGGUCAUGCCCAAAGCCCGGUUGUCUGUGGACGAUGAUGAGGAGGAGGAAAUGGUGAGUGCAGAUGAUGAACAUAGUGAGUUUUCAGGUACAGUGAGGGUUCCGGGUAUUGAUGUGUUGGGGAAGAUUGGUGGUGCUCCUACAGUCAAGGCAUUAGGUGUUGACGAGGAUGAGUUAGUGGAGUGGAGGGAUUCUUUAAUUGUUAAACAAUAUGAGCCUGCAAUAAGCAUCAAGGUUGUGGAAGCUGAGGUGUCAGAUGAAUUAGUUGGAGCCCAAUUUGGAAUUUUGGGUGUGAGAGAAGAGAGGGCAUUGAAGGAGUCUGGUGAGGAUUCUGUAUGGGCCGAGGUGAUUCAAGACAUGGGUCCUGAUGUUGCCGAGAUGUCUAAUGUUGUUGAGUCUUUGAUAGCAAUUGGGGAAUGUGAAAUGGAGGAAAGUCAGAAGUUCAAUGGGGAUGUUGUGCAUUCUGGCGAAGAAAAAGGAGUAGACAAGGAAGGGAUUGAAUUGGGAAUGAAUGAAGGGCAACGAGAGACCGUGGAAUAUAGUGAGAAUGGUGCUGUAACCAUGAAAUCGUCAACCCAAAGAGAACCAUUGGCAGAUGCUGAUGAGGCCACUGAAGCGAGGGACGAAACUUUUAUUACGGUUAAUGAAACUGAUGUUGUUAGUUCAGAUACUGAAGAAUGUAUUGAUUUGGAUUUAUUUGAUGGGAAUGGUAGUCUCACUUGGCUCGAGAAGCAGAGUGCUGCAACAAAUGGUUUUGCUAAGACCAUAAAACCUAGUCUCCUGGGGUCGACUUUCAGUGAUUUCAUAACUUGUACCCAAGUUGAACUUAGCGAUGCACCCAAGGGAAAUGAGUUCGGUGAUUCUCAUUCAUCCAUGCCAAUGAGUUCCAGUGUGGCCAAUAAUGUAAAACGAUCUAACAAAGAUGAAGCAAAUUUUGAUGCAUGCACAAUACAAGGAGCAGCAGAAGGGAAUGAAGGUUCACUGUCUGUCGAAGAUCCUCAAGAGGGUUCUCGGGAUCAUUCACAGAGAGUUGGUGGACAGAUUGGCAUUGACUCAGACAAGGAAGUAGGUGGAGAUUGGGAUGGUGAAUGCAAGCAAUUAUUUGAUUAUGCAGAAUUAGAGGCUUUUCUGAAAGUAGUAACUGUUGCUAACUCAGAGGAGCGUCCCACUGGUUUAGGUUCCUCAUUCCAUUCUAUGAGACCUUCCUCAAGAUUGAAUCGCCCCAAUUUUUUUUAUUCAGACCUUAGAUCCAGAGAUGAUUUUGAGGACAACCUCAGUGAAGAAGAAAUGAAGAAGAAAGAGAAAAUACAACUGAUAAGAGUGAAAUUCUUGAGGCUAGUACAGAGGCUUGGCAUUUCUCUUGAAGAUUCCCGAGUUUCAAGAGUUCUAUACAGGUUGGCCCUGGAUACAGGGAGGCACUCUAGUCAAAUAUCUAGUCUCGAAUCAGCAGCAAAGAGGCUGGCUAUGCAACUUGAAGCAGAGGGUAAAGAUGAUUUAGACUUCUCGUUAAAUAUUAUGGUUAUGGGCAAAUGUGGUGUGGGGAAAAGUGCAACCAUUAAUUCCAUUUUUGAUGAGGAAAAGGCUAUAGUUGGUGCAUUUGAACCUGCCACAACAACUGUGAAAGAGAUAGUCGGAACAAUAGAUGGUGUCAGGAUAAGAUUGCUUGACACACCAGGUCUUAGGUCUUCUUCAAGGGAACAAUCUAUUAAUUUAAAAAUAUUAGCAUCGAUCAAGAAAUUUUUGAGGAAAUUCCCUCCAGACAUUGUCCUCUAUGUUGAUCGUUUGGACACCAGCCAGAUUGGAGAUCUUAUUGAUUUUCCUUUGUUGAAGUCAAUUACUCUCUCUCUUGGUUCAUCAAUAUGGCUAAAUGCUGUUGUCACUCUAACUCACGCUGCUUCUGCUUCCUCAGAUGGACAAUCUGGGUUGCCCCUAGACUAUGAUAAAUUUGUUUUUGAACAAUCCAAGGCUAUUCAGCAAUCCAUCAAUCAGGCAGUUGGUGAUCUGGGUCCAAUGAAUCCAGGUCGCAUACAUCCCGUAUGCCUAGUUGAGAACCAUCCACCAUGUCAAGAGAACAGGUCUGGACAAAGUGUGCUUCCUAAUGGACUUAUUUGGAGACCAAAUUUAUUAUUGAUGUUCUACUCGAUAAAGAUCUUAUCUGAAGCAAAUCCUAUAUCAAUCCCAUCUCCAACAUACUUGUUGGCUUCCCUUUUGCAGCCAUAUGCUCAUCCAAAACUCUCUGGUGAUCUAGGAGGGGACGAAAUGUACUCAGAUAUCAAGUUGGUGAAUUUAUUGGCCUCCGAGGAAGAAAAUGAGUAUGACCAGCUUCCACCAUUCAUGCCUCUGAGGAAAUCUCAGGUUGCUGAGCUCAGCAAGAAGCAAAGAAAAGCUUACUUGGAGGAGUAUGAUUAUCUGGUAAAACUCUUUCAAAAGAAGCAGUUGAAAAGGUCGAGGGAGAUAAAGAAGAAACGCAAAGAUGGUGGCAAAAAUUACGCUUAUGUGGAGGAAGAUGACAAACAGGAGGAUGAAAGUCCAGUGGAUGUGCCAGCUCCCCCUUUACCUGACGUGACCCUCUCACCUUCCUUUGAUGUAGAUUAUCCCACAUUUAGAUAUCAUUGUUUGGAGCCCGCAUCUCAGCUUCAUGUGAGAUCAAUUCCAGGCACUCACUACUGGGACCAUGAUCUUGGUUAUGAUGUUGUUAUGCGUGAAAGAUACAAAACAAUUGCUGGGGCGACGGUUGAAAAUGUGGCGGCUAGACUCAAAAUUGAGGAUCAAAUCGCUGUUGGAAAGCGCUUGGUUUUGGCAGGAAGUAUUGGAGUCGUCAGAUCUCGAGGUAAAACAACGUGUGUUGACCACUCCACAUUUGGUCUUUCUCUGGUGCAAGUGAUGGGUGACAUGUCUCUCAUGGCCAAUCUACGGUCUGAAUUCUCAAUCGGACGGAGUUCUAAAAUGGCUAUUCAUGUUGGUUUGAAUGAAAAACGAAGUGGGCAGAUCACUUUCAGGACAAGCAGCUCCGAGCAACUCCAAAUUGUACUCUUUAGCAUCCUUCCAACGAUUGCAGGCUUCAUCUUUAGGCACAUCUGUCCUAGGUUUGAUUUGAAAAAUUCAGAGGAUGUCUAGGUGUUCUUUUCCUCAAUUGUUGAUUUUUCGAAUGGGGCGAGCGCUCAUAAUAAACCAAGCCAUUACCCUUCAUGCUAACGUUUCGGUAUGCAGUUCUUUUAGCUUAUUUUGGCACGUGUUAUGAAGUGUAACAUUAGAGACAAGAAACCCACUUAGGUCUUUGGAUUGUUUCUUAGUUUAGUUACGUAUGUUCUCACGAUCUCAUCUUAAAUUCAAACAUAGCCUUAGUUAUGAUGAUGUAUUCAUGUAAAAUUUGAAUCGCUAUUUAUUGUUACUUCUUUGAAUGGAAUAAAGAUAUUCUUCAAUCA